CGCUCAGCUAGCUUGCCUCCUCCCUUCAUCGCAAAACGGCUUUCUCAAUGUCUACGGACGAUGCUACCGGCCGCACACCUAAGCGCCAAAGGACGGAAGAUCCUCGGUCUGCAUCUGCUGCUACGCGUCAUCAAGAGCACUGGUAUCGCGACGGGUCCAUCGUUCUCCAUGUUCAGGACAUGCUCUUCCGCGUGCACCAGACGACGCUAGAAAAGCUUUCUGAAGUCUUCAAAGACCUUUUCUCAGUUCCGCAACCGUUGGACGAUGAGCGCAUAGACGGCUGUCCUGCAGUCCGUCUGGAGGGUGACCAUGGCGUGGAUUGGGUUCAUCUCCUCGAUGCCAUCUACGACCCGCUUCACUUCGAUGAACUGGCGUCACAGCGGCUAGAGGUGCAUUUUGUGCGCUUAUCCAGUAUCCUCCGCCUAUCGACCAAGUACCGCAUCAUCUCCUUCCGACGCAAGGCCAUCGCCAUAUUCUCUAAGAACUUCCAGUCAGGCGAUACGUACAUCCCCGACGAGCAACGAGAAGCGUCCAUUGACGAUGCCUGCGCGAUGAUUGACCUCGCACGCUCCACAAAUGCCUUGACGCUCUUACCCUUCGCUUUCGUGUCACUCACAUGGUAUCGACGCCAAGAGCCUAUAGACGAUGCGCCUAUCUCAGAUCACGACAAACUCGUCGUCUUCCGUGGGAUGCUGAGACUGCUCUUCGCGAGGAAUGACGAUAUGUUCCCGUUCGCCUACUCCUUCGAUUCCCCCGACGGCUGUUCACGAUCCAAUUCCUGUGUUACUGUCAUUGGGGAUUUUUUCACGCGCCGCUUCAGAACGUCUCCACAUAGCUCGUUCUUCUUCGCCUCUGACAAGUUCCCAUACAAGUUCUCAGAGCCUAUAUGCGAGGCUUGCCUAAACCACAUUCGAGCCGUCUUCCGGGACGGAAGACAGAAGACGUGGGAGCGGUUACCUGCCAUCUUCGACUUGGGCAAGGACUGGGACGAAAUUCGGCGUAUUGAAGCGUACGAUAGUACACCAUGAUGACUUCUCUAUCUUCAAUCAUCUAUGUACCAAUACGAUCUAUGUUAUCGUUGCAAGUCAGCGACACUGUGCUGCAUGUCAAAGGCAAUCUCGUCGC